GAUUGUCUUCCCUGUUUUCCAGGAAAACCAUUGAAUUGUGGAGCACAGAAAUCGUUCACCUGUGAUAGACGCUGGUUGGUUUAUUUGGGGUCCAACUCCUAAAAUUUUUGAAAAUUCCCAUGGUGGAAUUUUGGGCUGCAGACCCACAUCUUCAUGCACUUACAUUUCCCCCGAAGACUACUCAACGGAGAGUGAAUUUGAGGCCUCAUUUUCCUGCCCCAUUUCUUUUCUGGAUAUUCUAGUUUCUUGCCCUUUCACCUCUACGGUGGGCCCCUCCCAAAGAACUGCGACUCCCAGGAAGCAUUGCAGCCUCAGACAGGUGGCCCAUGAGGACAAAUGCUUGGUGCAUACCUGGAAGGCCAGGAACUCUUCUUGAGGGUGAGCAGAAGCAGCUGGAGACCCUGGAGGACCCAGAAGAUGAUGAGGGAGAAGAAGCUCCUGCUCUCCCCUCAGGCUUAUUGGAGGCUUCUCCAGAUCUUCAGGGGAUGGAUUCUUUUCUACAGCGGAAUCGGGGAGCCUUUCAUCCUUGGAGUCGGGACAAAGAUGAUGUACAGGAGGAGGAAGGAAAACUCCACAGGACAUCCCCAGAAAGAGUGGAGGAUGAAAACGGGAACUGUGGGAUCAGAGAUGAAUCACGAAGGCAGAAGGAAAACGAGGCAAAUGAGAGGAAAAACAAACCUCACCCUUAUCUGAGAGGAGUUGUCUGUCAAGAAGAAGAGGACAAGAUAAUAAACAAGCGCCUCAAUGUCCUUCAGAGCUCAGAGUCUGUGCUAAGGAGUCCUCUGAGGAAAAGCCCAGUGAAAUGUCCAACAUGCCACACAGAGGAAAAUCUUUGUAAAUGUUUGGAGCAUGGAGAGAGUUCCAGAAGGAACCCAGAAGACUCAAGAUUUCCCACAAGAGAGAAAACUUAUGAAGACUCUGGGUCUGAAAAAUGCUUCAGCGUUAGCUCAUCUCUUCAAGUCUCUCAGCCUGUGGACUCAGAAGAAAAAUUGUAUAAAGGUGAAGAAUGUGGCAAGAGCUUCAAGGGAAGUUCUGGACUUAAGCGACGUCAGGGAAUGGAGAGUGAGAAGAGCUGCCACAAAUGUCUUAAAUGUGGAAAGUUCUUCAUGUGGCAUUUAAGUCUUAGAGAACAUCAAAAAAUUCAUAUAGGACAGAAACCGUUUCCCU